UUUCUUAUUGUCAGAAGUCGUUUGUGUCUUUCUUUUUCCAUAAAUUUUCUCGUAAUUUCCAAUUUUUCAUAAUGAAACGCAAGCUCGAUCCAACAUUUAGUGAUCCAUUCACAACAAAACGCCCCAAAACGUCAUGCGAAUUAUCAGAUUUGCCGAAUGAAAUGUUGCGUGAAAUUUUCAAGUCUUUACCUCCAUCUGAUCGCCUCAACGCUCGAAUGGUUUCGCAAUUUUGGAUGCAAUUUGCUAACGAAUACUUUCCGAAGGACAACACAAUCUGGUUAAAUGCUUCCAUGAACUUUUCUCCAACAGGACGCUUGUUCAAGACAUUCGAAGCACGAUUGACAACAACGAAAGACAAACGAAGCUUUCCUAAUUUAGUGAUAGUUGAGCUCCCAGAAGGCAAGAAAUUCGAUGAAAUGCUGAAUUUUCUCAAAUUAAUCGGCGAUGAGAUCCGUUUCCUCAAAAUUUGUACUUGCCCAAACAUCGACCAGAUCAAUCAACAACUCUACGGAUGCUUUCCAAAUAUCGAAAUUUUGGAAGUUUCGAACGAAAACCUGCUUGGCGACUUUUCUUUUCCAUCAAAAUUGAAAUCGAUCAAAGUUUACUCAGAAUUCACGAAAUAUCAUAAACUUCCAACUCUUCAGAGUGUCAAAAGCUUCAUCACAAAAUCGCAAAUCGUUACUUACUACACGGAAUAUCUUGUUCCAAUUGUAGAGCCUCAGAUGAAAAUAUUGUUGGAUUCGCUAUUCACAAAUAACAAAGCCCAUUUUGAGCUGAAAUCCAGUCAUAACUUUUGCGGUGAAGCAAAAUGGUCAGCAAAGGAAGUAACUGAAAUUGAAUUGUGUCAAUAUACAUUCAAUCUUGCUCCGCUCACGGAAUUCAACUCUUUGAAGAAAUUGAACCUUCACACACGUAAUGAAGAUGCUUUCGUAGAGUUCACAUCGACUAACAAAUUUAUCAAAUUUUCCGGAAUCACUCAUUUGACCAUUUCCGGAUGCAGCAUGCAAGACCUCAAAUUCACAAAUAUCGAUAAAUUGUUUCAAAUGUUCCCAAAUUUGGAAUGUUUGAACAUUUUGAACGGCAGUUGUAUAUUGAAUGAUGACGAUUUUCGUUCAAUAUGCGAACACAUGCCGAAACUCAAGACACUUAGGUAUCAUACAGUGCCCUCACAGAUAUCACUUACCACACUUUUUGAUUCUGACAGCUUCUCAUUGAAAGAUUUAAAGCACCUGGAAUGUUUGUUGAUUCAAACCAAGCCAGAGUGCUUUGCAUAUCCAUGCUACUUUGAGUAUCCCGUGCUUCCAAAAUUGAAAAUCCUUUACUUGAAAGGAGAUGGAAUACGCUAUCUGGACGAACAUUUUUACGCCCAAGUUGCUCAAAAGUCACCAAAAUUACGUGACAUUGGAAUUUGUCCCAGAGAUUUCGAACAAAAUCCUUCGAAAUUUUAUCCUUUGCUCGAUCUCCCGCAUUUGAAGGAUUUAACUCUGCCAGGUGAAUGUGGUUGGAUGGGUCAGGCGCACAACACUGAACUGAUUGAAAAUGUUAUUGAACGUUGUAAGAACUUGGAAAGUUUUUACAUUUGUGAUGGAUAUGGAUUUUCCCUUGCGCAAGAAUUAUACUUGAUGAAAAAACUGCCAAAAAUCGAAAUACUCGGAUCUGCAUUGUUUGAUGGCUGCGUAUUCCGCGAAUUUUUUCGCGAGCAUCAAACGAAGUAUCUUAUGAAUCACUUGGGCCUUGACAUCACUUUCUACAAAGAUGUGAAUGGCACUUUGGACUACUUGUACUACUACUACAUUCCUCAUUCGUACCGGAUGAAAAUGGAAACUGCCCUCUCUUUCAAAAUUGGAUGGAAUUUUAGUUUUCGUCAACUACAAACUUUGAUCAUCGUCUUGUCUAAUUACAUCAACUGAGUGAUUUUUUCAUUUUCUUAAAUAAAAUUUAAGACUUUUUGAAGAAAGUCUUACUCCUUAAAUAUUAUUCGAAGUAAAUUUUUUGAAAAA